UUUUCCUCUUUUCAAUCAGUUUGGAUUAUAUAUAUCCUGCUCAUAUUAUUCUUUUACGGCUCCCAUGAGCUUUCCUGAUUUAGAAACUCUAUCAGCUCAAUGAUUUUUCCCUUACUGUAUAUGUAUUUCGUUGUUUUUAUUUUCUUGCCAUCUUAUCGUUCUUGAUUUUUCCCCUUAGAAAAAGAUAUCCAAAUGUGUAUUGUUUUUUAUUUUGGUAGAUACGUGCAUGGUUUCUGCAGAAACUCGUCUGUUUUGGAAUUAAGUAGAGUUUUAAGUUCCAUAACUUUCCUUCGUAGAUAACUUUGUUUCUUGCAAGUUAGAAGUUGAAUCUUGCAUGCAUUCAUAUGGAGGAACUUCCAGGAGGAGUACUGACCCAAGGAAGAGUCUCCUUCAAAACUCAGCAGCAAUUACAAACUAAUAAGAAUUUAUUUUCUGAUCAUUAAAAUUUAUUAGAAUGCGAAGCUUUUUGAGCAGAGGUGUUGGAACAGGGCAAAUGAUGAAAUAAUGGCAACAAGAACUAAACAUUACCAUUAUGAGUCUUUGAAUAUCCCUCUGCACGCCAUGGAGUUUCUAUGUCGAUCAUGGAGCCCAACUGCCUCUGGCUUCCUACAGACAUUGUCAUCAUCCAAUAAACAGAUAUUGGAUAUUGAUGAUCACAAGCAAAGACAAAUAGGGGAGCAUGAAGAGAAGGUAGAUCAUAACAGUGAUGUUUUAGGGGAGCAGGAAGGAAUAAUAUUCCAAGUAGAUGAUGGAAAAAAACAUGCAGCUCAAAGCAACAAAAAACUGAUAUGGCGCAUUAAGGGUUGGCUAAGAGAAAAUUCAUUGACUGGUAUAUUGAGGUGGAAAAGAGAGAAGAAGAAGGAAGAAGUUCGACUCCUCACUGCCAAAAUACAUGCUGCACUUUCUGUGGCACGGCUGGCUGCAGCAAUUGCUGGCUUUGCAGCCACCAACAGCAUGGAAAUAGAAAAGAAUAUGGACAAUGAAACUGUGAAAAUAAGUAAUGGGGUUGCCUGUGCCUCUGCAUUGCUAGCCAGUGCUUGUGCCGAAGCUGCAGAAUCAGUAGGUGCACAUAGAGCAGAUGUUGCCUCUGCUGUCAACUCUGGCCUGACCAUUCAAACCCCUGCUGACAUUAUUACUCUUACUGCUGCUGCUGCAACAGGUUUAAGGGGAGCUGCAACCCUCGAAUCAAGAGCAACUUCCAUCCUGCAAUUCCCAGACAGGAACAAAGAGCCAGUUAAAUUAGCUGCUAAAUUAUCAAUAAUCACCCCUUCUGAACAAAAAGUACUUAGGUUGGUUUCCAUCCAUUUGAAGCAUAGACAAUUGAUGCUGUGCCUUGAAAAGAAGUACAUGGGAGUCUUAACCACUUCCGAGGAGUAUACAAUUCUGCAAGUGAUAAGAGAAAAGAAAGUUCAAGGCUACUACUUGCUUGGCAUAAAAUGUAAUGGUGGAGACAUCAAGCUGCUGUUUGAAGACAAAAAACAAUUACUUGUGUGGAUUUCCAGCAUUUCUAGUUUCUUACAGAUGCACAACUCUUACCAUGUAAAAUGAGGUUUAAGCAUU